AACGAUGUACCCUAGCAAUGGAGGAGAGAAGAAGUUGCUUGUGAAGGUUGUUCGGUCACCGGACUAUGAAGUAGAGACGAUUACAGCUACAACGGAGGUGCUUCCUAAUUUACUCAACGAUCCUCGCUGCUCGGUGCCCUUCUGCAUCAUUGAUGUUGUAUACUAUGAAGACGACGUGGAGGACUGUGACGGAGGAGAUGGCGCACGCGAGCAGCCAGUGGUGGUAUACCACAUCCACGUCUCGAGGUUCGAAUCUCAAUGCACGGUUCCCCUAUCGGAUCUUCUCAUGAAGUGGUGGUUCAGCAGCUCCACUGUCAGCGACAUUGUACGAUUAUGUCAAGCGUUCGGCAGCUUCCUGGCCGCCUUUCACCGUGAUUAUCCUCAACUCAAUCACGGAGAUAUGAAUCCUACGAACAUUCUCGUUGGAACGAACACAACGGUAUUGUCUGAAGGAUCAAUGGAUCCGCCCGCCGAGUAUAAGUUUGUACUUGUGGACUGUGGUGGGAUGGACAUCGACCCGAGCUCGGGAGGAAGUGUGGCAGAUAUGGAAACGUUCCGGCGUGCUAUAGAGGAAAUGGGCAUCCUGUAUGGUGGACAGUUUGUUGCUCUUACGUGGAGAUCUGUUUUGGACGGGUAUCACUUGUGAUGAAGAUUCUCCCACUGUUGCAUGGAUGCUAGUAUAAUGGUGAUGACUAGGUCACUCUGUUUGA